UUUCCCUCUGCCUGCGACCUCAGGAGAGCGGAGCGCAGGUUGAGGAUCGCGGCCAGGAUGGCUCUGCGCUCUCUGUCUCUGCCGCUCCUGGUGUUGGUGGGGGUCGCCCUGCGGGAGAGCUGCCUCGGCACCUCCUCGCACUUCCUGAAGUAUUUCUUCACCUCCAUCUCAGACCCCAGUCAGGCGGAGCCCCAUUUUGUCUCUCUGGGGUACGUGGAUGAUCAACUCUUCAAUUACUACGACAGCAACAGCCGGAAGUUCCAGCCUCGAGUCCCCUGGAUAGAGAAGGUGGGGAAGGAGGACCCCCAGUACUGGGAGAGAAGCACCCAGACGUGUCGUGGCGAAGAGGAGUCAUUCAGAGAUCGCCUGGAGAUUCUGAGAACUCUCUACAAUCAUAGCGGCCUUAACACAUUGCAGAAGAUGAUUGUCUGUGAGCUCCGGGGAGACGGGAGCAAAGGAGGGUUUCUGCAGUAUGGCUACGAAGGGAGGACCUUCAUCACCUUCGACAAGGAGACCCUCACCUGGGUGGCUCCUGAACCCCAGGCCCGGAUCAUCCAGAGGAAAUGGGAUGCUAUUCCAGGAUAUAAUCAGGGACAGAAGGCCUACCUGGAGGAGGAAUGCAUUGAGUGGAUAAAGAAGUACCUGUCUUAUAGGAAGGGGGCGCUGCUGAGGACAGAGCCCCCAGAGGUGACCGUGAGCAGCAAGACGGAGGUGGAGGAUGGGAUGGAGAUGCACGUCUGCCGCCUGCAUGGCUUCUACCCCAGGGAGAUCGAUGCCUCCUGGACGAGAGACGGGGAGGUCUGGCUGCAGGACACCCUCCGUGGCUCUGUGGCCCCCAACGCGGAUGGGACCUUCCACGCCUGGCUCAGCAUCCAGAUUGAUCCCAAAGAGAGAGGCCGCUAUCAGUGCCACGUGGAGCACAACGGCCUGCAGGAGCCUCUGGACGUGGCCCUGAAGGAACCAAAAUCCAAUGUGGGGAUCAUCAUCGGCUGCGUUGUGGUUGGUCUUGCCCUGCUGGGCGUGAUUGUUGGGAUCUGGUUUUUCAAGAGACAUCAUGACUACAAAAAAGCACCAACAACUGACAGAAGAUCCAGCAGUUCCAGCCAGGGGAGCGACCAGACCGCUUAG